AUGAUGACGAGUUCUGCGAGAAACACUGGGGAAUGGCAACGGAGUCAGCCCAUCAACCGACCAGAACCAGGAGAAUUUGACCCGCACCCCUUCUACAACCAGAUCAACCUCUGCAAGGAAUAUGGCGAGCGAGGACUCCAGGUGAUUGUCAAGCUGGCGAACAUCGAGCUGACGCCCGAGAAACCCGAGUAUGCAGGAGGCUCCUGGCAUAUUGAAGGGCAACUGAGCACUCUCACGUUCCAUCAACGGGCCAUCUCCAGCAAGAUUGAGAACAUUAGCUAUGAACAAUCCCGGCAUGAGCUUCUGCAACAGGUCUUUGGCUCUAGGCCUGAGGUGGAUGGUUCCAAUGAGUGA